AUGGCGUUCCCAGGCGCAUUCGGCGGCCCAGGGAUGAGCGGCGGAGCAGCAGGAGGAAACGCAGGCUUGAGCGAGCAGGAGCAGCAGAUGGUGAAGAUGAUGCAAAAGGGCAUGGAAUCCUGUGUCGCAAAAUCAGCCCUAGCAGGAGGAAUGGGCUUUGUCCUCGGCGGCGCUUUUGGCUUGUUCAUGUCGAGUAUGGCCUACGACACGCCACUCUCCCCGCAGGGCCAACAAAUCACCUCGCUCCCUGUCCGUGAACAACUCCGCCGGGGCCUCAAAGACAUGGGCUCGAAAUCAUACUCGUCGGCUAAAAACUUUGCCCUGAUCGGCGCAUUGUACAGCGGAACCGAAUGCUGCAUAGAAGGAUUCCGGGCAAAGAGCGAUCUAAUGAACAGCGUCUCUGCCGGAUGCAUUACGGGCGGAAUAUUGGCGCACAAAGCCGGACCCCAGGCUGCUGCGCUCGGUUGCGCUGGCUUCGCGGCAUUCAGUGCUGCGAUUGAUGCAUAUAUGCGCAUGCCGGAGAGCGAUUGA